GAAGGCGGUGGUUGUGACUGCUCACAUCUCUGUAUGGCACCAUGGGUCAAAUGUCUCUACAACUCCUCUUUCUGACCUCACUGAUCUGCUGCACAACAAACCAAGCACGACUGACUGUGAGUCCCAGCAGCUCUCAGCUGUUCUACGGAGACUUUGUGUCUCUGAGCUGUGAGGAGGACGACAGCUCUGCUGGAUGGACUCUGAGGAGAAACACAACCUUUGAAACCAGGACUCAGUGUGGAGAUGGGUGGGGAACACCAGCUGGCUCGUCCUGUAACAUCAGCUACGUUGACCCGCUGGACAGCGGGGUUUACUGGUGUGAGUCCAGAGAGAAAGCAACUAGCAAGAGCAUCCACCUGACAGUCAGUGGUGGAUCAGUGAUCCUGCAGAGUCCUGUCCUCCCUGUGAUGGAGGGAGAUGACGUCACUCUGCUCUGUAAAACAAAGACCACUCCCUCCAACCUCCCAGCUGCUUUCUAUAAAGAUGGCUCCCUCAUCAGGAAGCAGCCUACAGGUCACAUGACCAUCCAGCAUGUUUCCAGGUCUGAUGAAGGCCUCUACAAGUGUGACAUCAGCGGUCAUGGACAGUCUCCAUCCAGCUGGAUCACUGUCACAGGUGAACUUAAAAUAACUGCAUCUGCUCCUGACUCACCUCUUUCACCUGAGCCCACCUCCCCCCAACUUGUGUUCAUACUGAUAUGGUACCUCAUGGUGUUCUGUCCGUACUUCAUCUCCACUCUCCUCUUGGUUUCUUUAUAUCGACACAGAACCACAGGUCAGAUGCUAAAGUCUCAUGCCCAGCCUAAGCAUGGAUUUGACAACAAUUAUGAUGAUGGCAUCCAUGCUGUCACCACAGAGCAUCACUUUUGAUUUUCUGCACUAAAAUGUGAUUUUAAAAAGAGACUUGACCUUUAGAUAGAGUUAAAGAUCAAGUCUCUUUUUAGAGUCACAUUUUAGUCCAGCUAAGGGUUACUAGAGCCUAUCCCAGCUGCCACAGAGUGAGAGGUGGAGUACACCCUGAACAGUUUGCCAAUCUUUUGCAGGGCUAACAAUGAGAGACAGACAACCAUUUACAAAUGGAAUUUAGAAUUACUAGUUAACCUAACCCCACUAACUGCAUGUCUUUGGACUGUGGGAGGAGCGGGAGUACCUGGAGAGAAACUACAAAAAAAAAAACAACAACAACACAGAUGGCAUAUUUGAACCCAUGACCUUCUUGCUGUGAGGCAACAGGGCUAACCACUGCAGUACCUUUAAACUGAAAGCUUUUACUUUGUGCAUUGUGUUUGUAUUAGUUUUUAUGCCACUUUUAGGGUGUUUUUCUUCUACUUCUAUAUUUUUUUCAACCUUUUGUAGUCUUUUGAAUCCUGUAUUGGUCAUUUUAUUGUUCUUUCAUAUCAUUGUUGUAGUUUGGGCUCUAAAUAA